AUGUCGGGUCAGUCGAGUGCCUCAUCACCCCUUAUAUCGACCCGGCGCCGCGCCUGUACUGCGUGUCAGCAAGCAAAGCGCCGCUGCGACCAACGGCUUCCCCGGUGCGGCCGGUGCACCCAAAAGGGGUUCGAAGACUGCAAUUACCCGUCACUGGAAGCCGCCGUGGCAGCGGCGGACUUCAACUUCUUCACAGACGUCCUAAGCGGCUCCGCGGGCACGCCGACUGACUCCCUUCACAAUAUCAUGCCCGUCCCCGUUGUCCCUGAGACUGACAACUCGUGGGCCCUAUACUACAACAACGCCUCGGCGGCCGUGCCAACACCGUCACCUUCUCUCAUGGCGCCUACCAGCGACUAUCUAUCACGAGACGCAGUCAUGUACUGCAGCGAACAGUUUCGGUCCUAUCCUCGGCGGUGGGUGAGCCAGAACGGUGUCGCCCCCUUUAUCCACCCGGCGCUCUAUCUGCCCACCACGAACGGGGCCGACGGCCUGCCUCCCGUGCUCCAGGACUGUUUCUGCGCGUGCGCGGCGUACGCCGCCAAAAACGACGAGAACGCGGCGCUGGUCCUCGGCGUCGUGGAAGCAAAAGCCACAGCGCUGCUCUACGUCCCCGAGCAGGCGGCGUGGACAUUGCCACAGCAGGUUGCCUCGUUACAGGCGCUGGUCAUGUACCAGAUCAUGCGCUGGUUCGACGGCGACAUCCGCCAGCGCGUCCUCGCGGACUCUGUCGAGCCGUUACUGGCAACGUGGACGUCGGCACUCCAAACCCGCGUCGGGACCGGCGUCUUCUCGGCCGAAGAAGCCAUGCCGUCGUCGUCUACCGUCAUGUCGGACUCGCACAUCCCGCCGCAGCAUCAGCAGCCCUCUUCGUCGGCGGGAUCGUACCCGCAACACGACCUCUCGCCGGAUCACUCGCGCUCCAAUACCCCCGGCGCCCGCCUCACAAAGGAGGAGCUCAACGCCGCCUGGCGGCGGUGGUUGAUGGCGGAAUCGAUCCGACGGGUACUCGCCAUGGCGCAUCUCGUUAGGGCGGUGUACUCCACUGCGAAACAGGGCGGCGGCGGCGGUGGUAGUGGCGGAUACGGCAGCAAACUCGGCGGUGCGGGGACAGGAGGAGGAGGGCCCGGACAACCACAGCAACAUCACGCCAGCGGCGGCGGUGGAGGAGGAGGAGGUGGUGGUGGCGGCGGCGGUGGCCAUCAGCUCCCACAUCAUCAUCACCACCCUCUCGGUCUCGCGGACAUGAGCUUCACAGCACAGGCGCGUCUGUGGGCCGCCACCACGGCGGAGCGGUGGAACCGGUCCCGGGAAGGCGAUACAGCGUGGUGGGUUGGGCGGAUGGACUUUUCGGGCCUGCUGGCGCUGGCGGACCCGAGGGAGGUGGAUGAGUUUACCGUCAUGAUGGGCGUUGUGUUUCGCGGCAAGGAUACGAUUGAGGAUUGGGUUACGCAUGGGCCCGGGGGUAUGUGA